UUUAAAAAGGUAAACAUUUUGAAUCAUAUUCUAUGACCCAUCAUCAAAAUGAACCAUUGAAAAAACAGAGCUCAACUUUUGUGAAUAAACCUUUCCCCAAAAAAUUCUUCAGAUCGAUUCUGAAGCAAUCAUAGAAGCAAUCAUAGCCUGUGACUAGUAUACUAAAUCUAUCCACUCCAUUCCUAUAAAUCUUCCCCUCGUAUUCACAAACCUGUUCCAACAUGGAAAGAUUAUCAAUUUGUAGGAAACGACCCAGAAGGAGUUAGUGUGCUUCGCUAUGCUUUCUUCAAUCCCUCUUUGCUCUCUACCAUACAGUCCAUAUAUAGAGCUUGUUUGCAGAUAGAAUCUUUCAGCAUGUUUCUAAUAUCAGAAUCAUUCUUUAUUACCGACAAAUUUCUAUUCAAGGGAUGAGUUUCAGUUGGAAGGCUCACUGGAUCAGAGCCGAUACAUAGCUGUAAUCCCCGAUCCCAUCUAUUUGACUACUUCGUGACUCUGACCUGCAACUGCCCAACUCAGCAAAAUCCCAUUUUUUAUCAGUUUUUUGAACAUCCUUACCAGGGGUACAGAGUUAGUGGGUGAGAAGAUCAGCUUCUUAAAUCUAUAUAUGUUUCACAGGUCCUAUGCCCAGAGGAGGAGAUCUAUGGUCCAUAAAACCUUAGAUCUCAUGCCUGCCCAUAUAUUUUUAGAUGCUCGAAAGCCUGAGCAAGAACUGCAAGAUUUUUACCAAGGGUUACAGCCUGAAGAUAUGAGAAGCAUGCUGAAAGAUUCUAUAUGCAAACACGAUUCUAUACUGAACAGUAAUCCCAAGUUGCUUCAGCAAAUGCAUUUGGAUGAUUUGGCUGAGCAUUCUGAUAUGGAAGAGGGUUUUACUUAUUCUGUGCAUGCCAUUGCUUCUGUGAAAUCUCAAUUUUAUGUGGGGUUGGAGAAAGCGAUCGGCGAUUUGAAGAGGCCCUUUUUCCAGAAUGAGGUGGUGGUCGUUGGUGUGCAGUUUAUGGGAGGUGUAGGAAAGACAACUUUAGCAUUGGCUCUAUGUACUGAUGAUCAUAUUAAAGGUCGUUUGCAAAACCUGCUUUUCAUUACUGUUUCAGAGUCUCCAUAUGUGAAAGGAGUUCUAGAGACGAUGUGGGAUUGCAUUGUUGUAAGGAAGAAGUCUCAGUUACAGAAUGUGAAAGAUGCAUCUAUGCAGCUGCAAGUUCAGCUUCUGAGACAAUCUAAAUCAGCUCUACUGAUAUUAGAUAAAGUAAGGUCCAGAUCAAAUUUGAAAAAAUUACUAUUUCAAGUGGCAGGAUACAAAACUCUUUUCACAACCAGAGACAUCUCCAUUAUCCCCAGAAACCAUUGUUCUCAGUUUUAUCAAUUGCCUUUGCUGGGCCAGGAAGAUGCUCUGUCACUUUUCUGUUUGCAUGGAGAACCUUGUGAGGCCUGGCAGAGUACAAAGAACAAAAUUUCCAAGAGGGAAUUGGUAUCAGAUUAUCAUAUCAAUGGGCUACUUAGAUUCAUGGAGACCAAUAUUAGAUAUCCAGAGGACAAAAAAAAUUCUGCAGAUUCACUGUUGCACAAUUGGAUAUAUGUCCGGAAGCUGGAAUGUCUGGAAGCCAUCUGCAUCUUAUUGGAACUUGCAAGUAGAAAAUUGUUGAAUUUAACCAACAAUCCUAGGAGCACAGCAGCUAUCUCUUAUGGAAAUGCCUCUGAGCUGUACUUUUCUCAGUACUAUGUAAUGAGAGAUUUGGCCUUGCAAUUUAGGAGGCCAAGGCAUUGCAUUCCAGAGGAAGAGGUUACUUGUGCCCAGGAAGGAGGAUAUUUUGCCAUGGAAGUGGGAGCUGCUGAACGUUAUGCCAUUUGAUGCUCAAAUUUUCUCCAUUUACACAGGUGGGUUAGAAGAACACAUAAGGAUAUAUUUGAGUAGAAAAAUAAUAAAUUUUCCAAAGAGAAGAAAUUAGAGGAGCUUGGGGCCGUCUUCCUGUCCGUGAAAUGUUGGCAUGUUGGGAAUCUUAUCUUUAUUUUGGUAGAUCUGAUAUUACUGAGUUGAAUUUCAGAUUGUUUAAAGGAAACAGUCGGCACGUUGUUUGUUAUUUGAAAUAUUUAAAAAAAUAAAGAUCAUUAAAAAAAAUAUGGUCUUUAUGAGAAGGAUUGGUGAUUGAACAACAAAUUGUUGAUAAAGAUCUGUAUUUUUUUUAGUUGUUUACCCAAAACAACUAGUUAGCACUAUAUUGCAGAUUUUCACAUUGUACAGCCGGAGUGUGAGUCAAUGACAUUGCAUCUUAUGGGAUUGUGAUUGUAUAGUCACUAUUGGUGAUAUCAGGGCAACGGUGAGAGAGGAGAAAUGUACCACUCUUAUGACAGCCUAUGUCAAUUUAAAAUACAAUACUAUUUUGGGUAAUUUCAAUUCUUGUAAUUGUUUCGUUCAAUACUAAAUUGAACAUUUUAUUUU